AUGGGUUUUAAACAAGCUGUUUCUGACUCUUCUCUAUUCACUAGAGGCAAUGGAAAUGAUUUUAUAGCCUUGCUAGUUUAUGUUGAUGAUGUGAUACUUGCAAGUCCUAACCUAAGCCAAGUGCAGCAGAUCAAAAGUCAUUUAGACAAGGUUUUUCAUAUUAAGGACUUAGGUCCUUUAAAGUUCUUCCUGGGAUUAGAAAUUGGCAGAAAUAGUAAAGGCAUUUGUAUGUCACAAAGAAAAUACACCUUGGAGUUGUUGGAGGAAACAGGGUUCUUACAAUGCAAACCAGUAAAAACACCCAUGGUUACAUCUGUUAAGUUCAGUAGACACAUUGGGAACAAGCUUGAAGAUGCUACUCAGUACAGGAAGCUUUUGGGGAAAUUAUUAUAUUUGACCAUCACAAGGCCAGACAUUAGCUAUGCUAUUCAACAAUUAUCCCAGUUUCUUGAUUGUCCUACUGAUAUACAUUUACAAGCAGCUCACAGGGUAUUGAGGUAUCUCAAAGCAGCUCUGGGGCAGGGACUCUUCUUCUCAGCAGCUUCUUCCUUACAACUCAAAGGAUUCACUAAUUCUGACUGGGCUGCAUGCCCAGACACCAGGAGGUCUAUCACAGGCUUUUGUUUUUUCCUUGACACCACCUUGGUUUCUUGGAAAUCAAAGAAGCAGGUCACCAUCUCUAGGAGUUCCUCCGAGGUUGAGUAUAGGGCCCUUGCUGCAACAGCUUGUGAAUUGCAAUGGCUAAUCUACGUACUGCAAGAUUUAGGGAUAAUUGUGAAUUCUCCAGCUAUACUGUAUUGCGACAGCAAAUUAGCUAUUGCUAUUGCUGAGAAUCCCGUCUUUCAUGAGAGGACGAAGCAUAUCGAAAUCGACUGUCACCUUGUCAGGGAGAAGCUGCAACAACAAGUGCUAAAGCUACUGCAUGUUGAUACUUCAAACCAGUUAGCUGAUGUGUUCACCAAGCCUCAUGCUCCAACCACUCUACAUAACUUCAUUUCCAAGCUGGGUUUACAUAAUAUGUACACUCCAGCUUGCGGGGGGGGGGGGGUGUCAACAGAUAGCAGCAGCGCAGCCACACCUGAUCCUACACACCAAAACUGA